UCUAUUGGAUUUCCCAUGAUGCAGUGCGAGAAAACACCGGCGCGGACUUUCAAAAAUAACAUGGCAGAUAAUUCUACUUGUUCAAAACCUACAUCAGUCUCGGCGGCGGCCACAGAAACGGAGACCGCUGUUGACACCACGGGUGGCGGGAUAAAGGGACGGCUCUCGUUUUCACCACAGAAGGAUGUUAGCGUUGAUGGAGAACCCGAAAUAACGCCUUUAGGCGGCAGUGCGGAAAGUGUCUCCAACGUCUCCAGUUCAUGGAGCCAGCCAGAGGGAAGAGCUGAACGACUCCCGUCUGAUGCCAGCGACACAUGUUCAGAGACGAAAAAUGAUGGUAAAAUAAGAGAAGAGUGUCCAGAACAACGCAGAGGGAGUUCUACUGAAGCCAAAGAAAAUGCUGCUGUUCCCACAACCACGUCUCAAGAUAAUGCACAAGAGGACCCUUCUGAGCCGGAUUUCGAUCAGACUGCCAACAAUCAGCAAGUUAACACAGAGGAAAAUGAUGCCGAGGUGGUGAGACGAGCACGGGAAGAAGGCUGUGUGGACGUGGCCUUCCCUGGAGCCGUAACUCAGAACAGCUGCUAUCGUUUCGUCAGCGAAAUCCUCAAAUGCAUUCUCUAUCAGAGACAACAGCUACCCAUGACAUACGACCAGCUGGUCUAUUCCCAGAAGAAGCUGCAUACUACGGCACAGGAUAAAGAUGCAGUGAGUCGGAGGCUCGCACAGUCUGCCAAUAAGGACCGGCGUAAAUGCCAUCAGACUCUCCAGGAGAUGGAGGAGGUGCUGCAGCGACUGGAGGUGCUGUUUUCCUUGAGCAGGAUCCCCCGUGUUUUACUGCUGAUGGGCAGCUCGGUCAUCCUCCCCAAGGAGAUAUACGAGAUCAACAUGGAGGCCCUGGUACUGGCCGAUGGAAGUCAGCCUCUACGAGUGUCGUCAUGCUUAAGGCAACUGUUCCGCACUCUUUUUGUCGCCGACCUUUUGUCCGACACCAAACCCGUUCGCUUAAUGCCCACCACAGUGUUGGCGCUGGCCCACAGGGAUUGUGGUGUGGACUGGUUCCGCCCUAAGAUGCAGUUUAAAGUCCCAACGCGGGUAAAAAAGCAAGUGAUUGCCCUGUCUACUGACCCCGGCGCCUGUAAGAAGCUAAAGGCAGACGGAUCAGACUGGCAGGAUUACGUGUGGUUCCAAGCACCAAUGACCAUUAAGGGCUUAGCAACCGACCCUUAAAGUUAAGCAGUGUGUUGUCUGAUCUUGGAUCACCGCUCCAGAAGUGUAAUCUGGUCAAAUUUAUUGGGCGUUCAAAUUAAGUAUUAAACUUAGCUGUGCAUGU